UUGAGAGGUAGAAGACCCUUGCAAUACACAUUUAGGAAUUUUAUUUCAUGAAUAAAUUGACUUCCCCUCUUCUCCACCCAUGCAACGGCAUCCCUCUGAAUUUUCAUCUCCCAAACUUUCCCAAACCAGUCUACCAAGCAAAGCAGCUCUGCAACUGCUUGCUACUGCCCUUCUUCCCCUGCCUCUCUGCCUCCAAAGCAGAACAAACUUUUUUGUAAACCAAUUCGGCGUUUACCCAUGUAGAAAUGGCAGCGGUUCCAUUUCUCUCCGCCAUGAAUGUUGUUGUUUCCAUUCUACACUAAACUUCUCCUUUUGCCAUCCUUACUUUCUCUUGAUGCUUAGCUACUGCUACCCAUUUCUCCCCAUACUCUGCCAAUCAAAACCCACCUCUGGAAAACAGUACCUUUCCCGUCUAAAUGGCCAAAAACGAAAGGCAGGAGGAAGAGACCACUCAGUUCGUCGAUUCCGGCAACAAUUUGAAGCGACUGAGUCUCUACGAUCCGCCCGUUGCAGUUUUGGGAAUCUUUCUGAUCAUUCUCUCCGUAAUCCUCUGUUUCAUCUACUUGGAUUACAGCGAAGCUCUCGGUGCAGUGUACAGGGUUCCAAACUGGUUGCAGUUUCCUAACGACAUGGGAAGAAGAUUGGAUUUCCUGAAGGAGGAAGGAAAUGGGUGCGAUGUUUUCGAUGGGGAGUGGGUUUGGGACGAGGAUUACCCUCUCUAUCUCUCCAAAGAUUGCACCUUUAUAGAACAGAGUUUCAAUUGUAUACAAAAUGGACGGCCUGAUGUGCGCUUCACCAAAUGGAGAUGGCAGCCCAGGGAGUGUGACUUGCCCAGAUUUGAUGGGAAGUUGCUGCUAGAGAAGCUGAGGAACAAGCGGGUGGUGUUUGCUGGUGAUUCGCUGGGGAGGAAUCAAUGGGAAUCCAUGUUGUGCUUGUUAGCUUCUGCUGUUGCGGAAAAGGACUCGGUAUAUGAAGUGAAUGGGAGUUUAAUUCGGAAGCAGCGCCAGGGGACUCUGGUUUUCAAGUUCCAGGGUUACAACUGCACAUUGGAGUUUUACUGGUCUCCUUACCUUGUUCAUCUUGACCAGCCUUCUUCUGGUGCUCCGACUUCGAACAAAAAAGUCCGAUCAACUCUGAAAUUGGAUCUAUUGGAUCCGAUCUCUCGCAAAUGGAGGGAUGCCGAUGUGCUGGUCCUCAAUUCAGGGCACUGGUGGACUUCUCACAUGUUUGAACAAUUAUUUUCGUUGACUCACAGGGGACUUCACUUCCAAGUCGGGCAAGAAGUGAAAAUGAACAUGAGCAUGGAGGAGGCCUAUAGAAAGUCCAUGGAGACUGUAAUGCAGUGGAUAAAGAAUGAAGUUAACACCAACAAGACGCAAAUCUUCUUCCGAACAUAUGAACCCCGCCAUUUCUUGUUUGGGGAGUGGAACACAGGAGGGAGGUGCAACGAAGAGAAGCUGCCGGAGUUAGGGGCAGCUCCGGUACUGUCAUUACCACUUUGGACACAUAUACAAUUUGAGUUAGCAGCCAACAAGAUUCUUCCUAAUCGAACGUACGAUCUUCUGAACAUAACUGAGAUGUCGGCUAGAAGGAAAGACGGGCAUAUGUCUGUCUACUAUCUUGCCUCCCACCGAGCACCAAUGAAGAGGCAGGAUUGCAGCCAUUGGUGCUUGCCUGGUGUCCCUGAUUCUUGGAAUGAACUCCUCUAUGCUUUCUUCCUUAAGCAUCAAGCUACACGCCUUUAACUUGUCAUCUUCAUCACCAUACCAAGCCCGACGAAAGGUGCCGGGCAAAGCAUGGAUUGAGGAAAGGAGCAAGAGGAAUUUUUGCAGGAGAGUUGCCGAACAAUAGAGAAGGGAAUGUUUUAUAGAUAGGUCAUAUCACACAAACCCUUCAUACAUCACAUGGUCUCCUCCUUUCAAGUGAGAUGUACACGUUGAAGCGACAUCCUUCAACUUGGUGUCAGAUUAAACUUUUUCCAACAUGUCUUGCUUAUCAUACCCUCGCAUGUGGUCUCGUGACUCUUUGCUCGAUUUACCUAAACUAUAUAUCAUACUAGAAGCCUUAGUAGAGGAUUCUGAAUGGAAACAUUUACUAUCGAUCUGAAGUCAAAUAAUGAUUUUUUUGUUGAUAGC